AUGGUGACCGUUGGUCCUCUCUUAGCACAGGCUGAAGUGGAUGAAACCCUAAAGAGGAUUCAGGACCACAAAGGGGUUAUCGGAAUGCUUGUUGUAAACGCCGAAGGAAUUCCAGUAAGAACAAAUCUUGAUGCCUCUACAACAUUCCAGUAUGCAGAGCAUCUUCGUCAGCUCAUCACGCAAGCUUGGAGCGCAGUGAGAGAUCUUGAUCCUCAGAAUGAGCUCAUCUGCCUGAGGAUCAGAACAAAGAAACAUGAAAUUAUAGUAGCUCCAGAAAAUGACUGUCUCCUGAUUGUUAUUCAGAACCCAGACAAAUAG